AUGGACGCAAUCACACAAACAUUCCCGGAGCUGUUGGCUAGGGAUCUGGCAAGAUCGCAGGAUGUUUUCCGCACAAGGAGCUUGACCGCAGGGGCGCCGGCGACGUCCCUGACCUUGGAAUGUCAGCCACCUCAGGUCCCGCAGCGCAAUCCCGGUCGUGAUGUUACAAGUACGUUGCACCGCGCAACUUCAGAGACCACCUUGUACUCUCCAAGAGAGUACGCUAGGGCCAGGGCCGAGAACGCCAGAAGACGACAAGAAAGACAGCAGGACGAGUGGCCUCUUAGAGGACCCGGGCCCCGAUACAGCUCACUUCCAAGCCAUCGGCAGGAUCAUAUGUUCGUCGUCGAGGAGAUCCGCAUGAAGCAAGAUAACACCAAGGACGUUACGAGGUUGUUCCUCAACGGCCUCGAUGAGGACUGGGUCAGUGAUUCGUCCGCAGACAUCGAGGUUGGGACGUCGUCGCCAUCAGUCCGAACCCGAAAGCAGUCCGUUACUACUGCGGCCACGUCGGUGGAAAUCCGUUCGGUGCUUGGAGGAGCAGCAGAAGUAUGCCUAUCACCGACAAGCAGCCUGAGCAAGGGAGCCGCACGAGUUUCAGGGAAAAGCGGCAGGAGCUGGGUGGACCUGGAUCCUGACAUGUUGAAGACUUCGGGAGAUUUGGACGAGGGCGCUGCAUCUGGCGAAGCUGCUGAGUAUUCAGACGGACCUCAAGCCCGGUCAGCAGCACAGGCGAACGAGAGGGGCCAUACGGAACAGCUUUCUCAUCUUAAUGUUCCCAGAAGGAGAUCGUCUCUCAGCCAUCAAGUCACCACGGUUGUGAUCGGAGAGGCUGCACAUGUUCGCGUAGGCUGUGCCCCGCCCAAGCUCGACCUGGAGCCUGCCUCGAAACCACCAACACCACCCUCACCUCGCAAGUCGUCUCCUCCUCCCCCUCCAUCGUACCAAAAUCAGCACGACUGGGACACCAAUGAGGCUGUCUCGUGCUCAAUCGCUCCUACUAGCCGCCAUCGACCAAUUUACGAGCCUCAGUACGCCCUCACAGCGACGUCGAGCUAUCAGUUGCGACCUCCUUCGCCGCUUCCUGACGAAGCUGCCGACGACGCGUUGGAUGCGAAUCAGCACUCGCAACAGCAUCCAAACUUGCUUCACAAGCUUCGCAAGACACGAAGCCAUUCGAGGAUGCCCAUCAUCACUCAAGUUCAGUCCUGGCUGGACUCGAGUGCCGCCACCGCUCAUCCUACCACGCCAACACACUUCACCAACUCACCUACAAGCACGGCACCAAUCGGCAGUGUUCGCGUUGCUGCUGAAGUUCUCGAGAAUCUGCGGAUUAGCGUCGGCAAUUUCCCCGACACAAUGCUUCGAACGUCCUCUCUGACCGUGCAGACGAUUCGUAGCUAUUCGCGUAAACUCCGCCGCGGUGGAACCAGCAGUGGGGACCGUGGCUUCAGCCGUGACAGCGACGACUACGCGUUAACAGCUUUUGAUGCACCCACCAUGGAUUCUGUACCUGGCUCUUUAGAGCGCAAGUCAUCUUUUGGCAAUCUCAAGUUCAAGAAGCUCUCUCUACGUGGCAAAAAGCUUCAUCUCUCAUCUCGCCAAGGAUCUUCUCAUACCUCGCCCUUCCUGAAGGAGGAUGAUGACUUCUGGCCGCCCGUGGACCACCACAACAUCUCGAUGCGGUCCAACACUCCUCCCUCUCGUAAGUCCUCCGAUGUGAGUGCUUGCGUUGGUGCGCUCCGCAGCAUCUUUCCCAACGGGACCGACUACCUCCUCGACGGCCUGUACGCCCACCUCAUCGCCUACAACUACAUAAAUUCUCUCUGUGGCGCCAUGCCUCAUCUCCUAAGCAGCCCAGGCCACCCUGGUCUCCGUUCCCGGCCCUCAAUGACCUUUCCCCCAGGCGUCACUAGUCGUGCGGACCUGGCGCUCCAGGACCGGGAUGACGUGACCAUCCGCGAGCUCCAGGACGACGUCGCCACCACCGCGUCGACCGCUGUGGUUCCCAAGAAGGCAGCCUCGCUCCUUGGCCUGGGUGCGACGCACAUGGGCAAGCCAGUCAGGCCACGCCCCGGCACCCUAGCCGGCCGCAAGGACAAGCAGCGCAAGACCACGCCGCCUGCAGCGUCCUUCUCAGCAUCGCUCGAGUCCGAUUCCGCAAUGCGCGACCUCCGCGACGCCAUCGCCAGCAACAUCAAGCGUCUGGUAGAGACGGUCAAGCAAUGCUCGCCCACCACCGCUAGCAGAGACAGCGAUGAAGACAGCGAGGACGCUGCCAUCUUGGGCCAGAACGGCAGGGAGCUGGAGCCAGUUCUGCUGCGCGCGCUUUGCGAAGUUGUGCGCUGCUAUGAAGAGCUAUCUUAA